GAAGAGAGAAUAUUUAUUAAGGAGAGAAACUCCAAUCCCCCAGCCCUCACCCUCAAUGCCAAGGAGACCUUGUCUUUGUAGUUUCUUUGUGAUAGCCCAAGUGGACCAAAAUCUAUUUGAGGGGGGAGACACAAAACAAAAGGGUGAAAGAGAGAGAAGAGAGGAAGGAAAGGAUGGGUGUCUUCAAGGGUGUAUCUUCCAACCAAACCUCCCCUCCUCCAGAAAACAAGAAUAGAGAGAGGGGGAGAGAGAGAGCGGCCCCCAGGCAAUGCCAGAAAUGCCCCUCUGCAAGGCCAGAAAAUCUACACCUCCAUCAAAGCGAAAAAAAGCUCUCUCCUUUGCUCUCCAAUUCCCGAUUUAUAUGGGCCUCUCUCGGGUUUUAUCUUGGUCAGACCUUCUACAGAGAGAGAGAAAGAGAAAACAAGGGGAAGGAACCUUUCCUCUCUCUCUCUCUCUCUCUCUCUCUCUCUACCAACCUUUAUUUCUCCAUUAUCUCUUAUCUCUCUCUCUCUCCAUCCAUAUCUUUAUGACCUCUUACUGGCGUUCUCUUCUCCAUCACCUCUUAUAGUAGUCUUUUCCUCUUUUCUUUUAUUCUUCUUCCUUCCUCUGUUCGGGUUCCGGAGGGAAGGGGGGGUGAGGAGAAGAUAAUGAGGAAGGUGAGAAGGGUUCCUCCCAUGGAGUCGUCUCCAUCGUCUUCGUCGUACAUGACCGCUGGGGAGGAGGCCAGGGCGCGGUUCAGGUACGAGGGGCUCUUGCAGGACUAUGAGGAGUUGGUAAAGGAAACUGAAGCAAAGAAGAAGAAAUUGCAGCAGAUAAAACAGAAGAAACUCGGGCUCUUUGCUGCAGUCAAAUUCUUGCGGAGAAAAUACAAGAGUUUAUUAGAAACCCAAUCUCAGGCCACCCCAUACAGACUCAAGAAACAAACCCGCAAAAUGCAAGCAUCUGUUCGUCUCUGUCGACCGCCGAAUGCGGUUGUUCGAAGUGAAGUACCCACAAAACAUAGGAAUCAAAGAGCAAUGGAAUCUUCAGCUCCAAGCACUUCUGCUGUGAUAGAUUUGAAUCAAAUCUCUUUGCCGAAUGGUGAAGAAAUGGAGGAGUUUCAUGGGAGGUCAGAGCCCCUGAAGAUGGAGAAACUUAAAUGGUGUGGGAGAGCGGAUGAUGAUCUUAAGUUACCAAUUUGUGGAGGUGUUGAGAACAAUUCAAACAGGGUGGGUAAGAGGAAAAUUUCAUGGCAAGAUCAGGUAGCUCUUAGGGUUUGAGAUUCUCUGCUAUAUCAUGGGCGAGGAAGGAAGUUCUUGUGCCGUUCCCAUCUUUCCUCUCUCAAGGAUUACCUUUUUCUAUGAAAUUGUAUUGGUCUGUAAAGCAACAACUCAAAGUAAUAGAGUUGUGGAAAUGCUAGCGCCCUUUUAUUGACAAAUACAUCUUAAUUGUAUAGUUUUUGCAGAAUCAAUUAUUGUUUACCAUCUUAUUACAUGUUUUAAAGCAGGAGAAUUUGGCAGUUGUUUGUUGGAUUAA